AGGGCUCGGCAGCAGCGGCGGUCCGCGGAGGGGGCUGCGCAGCAGACAGAACCCAACCGCCCAGGCUGCGCGUUCGCCGGGCUCCGAGCGGCUUGGCUGGGGACUCGGCCAGCGGGGCGGAGGCCGUGUUGCGGGCUGUGCCUGAGGGGCGGCAGGGCCGCGGGUGAGGGCGUAGCGGAGAAGGGAGCCGGGGCCUGCUGGGCCGGGCCAAAACGAGCUGUGCCGCGCUGGGUCCUUCCGGUGGCUGGCGGCGCCUCUUCCUUUUUCUCCCUUCCCCUUAGCUGGGGGCUGUUACCACCUAGCGCCCCCUCCCUCGGCGUUAACGUCCCAGGACUUCCCUGCAGUUUUCCAUGUCUCAAUGGACUCCUGAAUGUAAUAUAGUCUAUACUAUAAAAGCGGAUAUGAAGAGUGAAGUUCCCUCUGAUGCACCAAAGAGACAGGAGAGUCUGAAGGGCAUCCUCUUGAAUCCUGAGCCCAUUGGGGCAGCCAAAAGUUUCCCUGCAGAAGUUGAGAUGAUUGCCAAUAAAGUAGGGAAUGAAUUCUCUCACUUGUGUGGUGACUCACAAAAGCAGGACAUGAAUGGCAAUCAUCCAGAACAAGACAAAGGUAUUGUGGUGCGGAAAAAACGCAAGAGUCAGCAGGCUGGCCCUUCAUAUGCUCAAAACUGUGGUGUUAAAGAAAACCAGGGAAUUUUAGGACUAAGACAACGCCUAGAAACACAAAGUGAAGACAAUGAUUCUUCUUUUAGUGACUGUGUGUCUUCACCUUCAUCUAGCCUACAUUUUGGAGACUCUGAUACAAUCACAUCUGAUGAGGAAAAGGAGACUCCUGUAAGACAUCCUCAGGCAGUGUUGAGUAAAAAUAGAACUCAUAGUGCAAGGUCACAAAAGUGGCCUCGUACUGAGACAGAAGCUGUACCUGGACUAUUAAUUAAAAGACCCUGUUUUCAUAGCAAUUCACCGAGAAGACCUCCAUAUAGAAAGAGAUUUGUGAAAACCAGUUCCUCGCAGCGAACACAAAACCAAAAAGAACGAAUUUUAAUUCAGAGGAAAAAACGGGAGGUAUUGGCUCGAAGAAAGUAUGCUUUGCUACCCAGCUCUAGCAGUUCCAGUGAGAAUGACCUCAGUAGUGAAUCUUCCUCAAGUUCUUCCACUGAAGGAGAGGAAGACUUAUUUGUAUCUCCCGGUGACAACCUCCAAAACAGUACAACUGUUCCCUCAGGAAGUAUUGAUGAAGAUGUUGUGGUGAUUGAAGCAUCCUCCACUCCCCAGGUCGCUGCCAAUGAAGAAAUCAAUGUUACCUCAACAGACAGUGAAGUGGAAAUUGUAACAGUUGGAGAAAGCUAUCGGUCUCGUUCAACGAUUGGACACUCAAGAUCCCACUGGAACCAAAACUCUAGCUCUCAUGCUGCUCGAUCACAAGAACAGCGGAACCGUAGUAGGAUUUCCACAGUCAUACAGCCGCUGAGACAGAAUGCAGCGGAAGUGGUGGACCUCACAGUGGAUGAAGAUGAGCCCACAGUUGUGCCAACAACCUCAGCUAGAGUUGAAACCCAAGUUGUGAGUUCUACUUCCGGUAACAAUACCAAUACAUCUACCUCAGAGCAGGCCUCUGAUGCUGCUAUAAGUGUCUCCAGUAGCCAGAUCUCUACAGCACCAGACACAUUGACUACUCUUCCCAAUAGCAGCACUGCUGGGACUUCAGUGGGAGAUGAUGUAAGGAGAACUGCCUCUAAUACUACACUGGAAACUGGUCCUCCUGCCAUGCCAAGGUUACCAUCAUGCUGCCCCCAGCAUUCUCCGUGUGGAGGAUCUUCACAGAAUCACCAUGUAUUAGGACACCCUCACUCAAGUUGUUUUCAGCAGCAUGGCCACCACUUUCAACACCACCAUCACCACCACCAUAAUCCCCACUCAACUGUCCCACUGUCUCCUUCGUUCAGUGACUCCAGUUGCCCUGUUGAAAGGCCUCCUCCUGUGUCAGCUCCUUGUGGAGCAAGCAGCAGUACUGGCACCAGCUACCAUGACCAGCAGGCACUGCCAGUAGACUUAAGCAACAAUGGUAUAAGAAGUCAUGGAAAUGGUGCUUUCCAUGGAGCAUCAGCAUUUGACCCUUGCUGUCCUGGUUCUUCAUCCCGAACUGCAAUUUAUGGGCAUCAGGCUGGUGCUGGCCCAAGCCAACCAAUAGCAAUAGAUGGAUAUGGAACAAGCAUGGUUGCACAGCCCCAGCCCCAACCUCCUGCUCAGGCCUCGCUCUCAUCAUGUCGACAUUAUAUGCACUCUCCUUAUGCUUUGACGAGACCUCUUCAUCAGUCUUCUGCAUGCCCCCACUCUCAUGGAAAUGCUCCUCCUCCUCAGCCACAGCCUCCACCUCAAGUGGAUUAUGUUAUCCCUCAUCCAGUGCAUCCCUUUCAUCCUUCCAUCUCCUCUCAUGCCUCUUCUCAUCCAGUUCCACCUCCACCUCCACCACCAACUCACCCUUUAGCCAGUGCAGCUGCUCCAAUUCCACAGCAUCUUCCGCCUACACACCAGCCUAUUACCCAUCAUAUUCCUGCAACUGCACCUUCAGCACAGAGGCUGCAUCCUCAUGAAGUGAUCCAGAGGAUGGAGGUCCAGAGAAGAAGAAUGAUGCAGCAUCCAACACGUGCACAUGAACGGCCUCCUCCACAUCCUCACAGAAUGCAUCCCAACUAUGGUCAUGGGCACCAUAUUCACGUGCCUCAGACAAUGUCCUCACAUCCUCGACAAGCUCCAGAGAGGUCUGCCUGGGAACUGGGAAUUGAAGCUGGAGUGGCUGCAGCUACAUAUCCGCCGGGCCCACUGCACCCUCAUUUGGCACACUACCAUGCACCUCCUCGACUUCAUCACUUACAAAUAGGGGCUCUUCCUUUAAUGGUUCCAGACAUGGCGGGCUACCCUCACAUCCGUUACAUUUCAUCGGGAUUGGAUGGAACAUCAUUCAGAGGCCCUUUCAGGGGCAAUUUUGAGGAAUUGAUUCACUUGGAAGAGCGAUUAGGCAAUGUUAAUCGUGGAGCCUCCCAGGGAACUAUUGAAAGGUGCACUUAUCCACACAAAUACAAAAAGGUAACAACUGAUUGGUUCUCACAGAGGAAACUGCACUGCAAACAAGAUGGGGAGGAAGGAACAGAGGAAGACACAGAGGAAAAGUGUACCAUCUGUUUGUCUAUAUUAGAGGAAGGUGAAGAUGUCAGGCGCCUUCCAUGUAUGCACCUUUUCCAUCAAGUGUGUGUAGAUCAGUGGUUGAUUACUAACAAGAAGUGCCCCAUUUGCAGAGUGGACAUUGAAGCUCAGCUGCCAAGUGAAAGUUGACACCAUUUUCCAGAACUCUUGUCCUCCUUUUCACUCCCUUCCAUCCUUCCUGGUACUGCAGUCUACCAAAGAUGGCAUGACUUACCUGCGCAGAUUUGGAAGCAUUGAUCCUAGAGUGCUAUCUCUGCUAUAUGGUACAACUAAUGCUAGACCUACAGUUUAUGUAGACAGUUGUUUCAGUGUAUUUAUAAAGCUUUUUUAGGUUUUACAUUUUUUUCUUUUAAUUCAUUUUACUGUAUUUUGCAUGGUUCCUUGUAUUGCAUUUGUUUGCACAUAUUAUGGGCUUUGUGACCCCAAACUUGCAGGCAAGAUUAGCUGCUUUAGUAAGUAGAAUUGUGUGUUGUUCCUCUUUCUCCCAUAGUAUCAAGCUUUGAGAAUAUGAUUUCACUCAUUACUAACUUUGGAUUUCUUAAUUUAAUCAAUCAUGUAUUUUAGUUUAAUGUAUAAAGAUCAUCUAGAGAAGGAUAAUAUUGUAUAUUAAGACAUUCCUUAAUUAGGAAAAAACGGCUGCUGUAUAUUUACAAUAUCAGUUCUGAGUCAAAUACCAUCCUUAAUACUGGGAACAGACUACAAACUAUAUUCAAUCUGACUGAUACAGCUGGUAUACUCCUCACCAGAGUUUUGUCUGAUCAAAUUUUUAUGUUUUUAAACUUUCAGCACAAUACAGAUAUAUUUGAAUGUCAAUAUUAAACAUUUAGACUGCUGAUCAGAUUGUAUUUAUCAUUUUCUUACAAUGUCUAGAAAUUUGAAUCCCUAACUUAAUAUUUGUUGCUAUGAAACAGCUCUAAUGAACACUAAAUAUUGAUUUCAAUUAGCUGGAUUGUAGAUACUUGCAGAUUGAAUGCAUUUUAGGGAAACAAAAUAUAUGUAGAAUUUUGUUAAGUCUUCUGCUAAGUAUGUCACAUUACCUGCGCACAUUGGUUUUGUAAAGCCGUUCAAUCAGAACCUAGAAUUGCAGUUCUUAAGGCAGGAUCCAUGCAUUCUUAGAACUUUUAAAGAUCCCAGAUCUCUCAUGGGAUUUUUAUUGGUUUUAAAAUUAAUAGUCAGCUAAAUUCACCUGUCACUUGUUUUGUCACUAGUAACUUAAAAAUCUGUAAAUAUCUGUAGAAACUGAUACAGAUGUGAUUACCUUGUUUUGCUUUGAUCAUAGAUUCCCUCUUUAUAAAUUACCAACAGUCCAUCACUGAUUGAAAAUAUUUUCUAUAGUUAAAAGAUUUGCUGCAUAAUAUAGUAUAUAGAAUUAAAUUAAUGUACUAACGUUUCUCCUUUGGAGGAAGUUUAAUCCACUUUGGGACAAGUUCCUUAUCAAAAUACUUUGACACACAGUAUAGUAUAGUUUAUUUAAAAUGUGUUGAAGAGAGGCUUAAGAACAUCAAGACAGUAUUACUGUCACAACCUGGAAGAGAUGUUCCUAUGGGAUCAUAUAUGAACAUGUCAAUAAGCUUGCAUUAAGCCACCUGCUUUGUAAGUGGAUUGAAUAAUAAAUACCUUCAGUUUCCCCUGUGUCUUUCAUAAUCAGUUCAGUGUAAAACAGUUUACAGUAAAACACAAAUCAAAAUGUUUUGUUUACACCUAACAAAUUGUGAUCCAUUUAUAAGUGUGACCUUGUCUAAUUUGAUACCUGUUUGUCUGGUUAAAAGCAGCUUCCGUGCCUCCCCCCCUUUUUUUUUCCGCCCUCCCCCAAUCCUUUCAUGUCAGGAGUAGCAUUUUCCAAUGCAAUGUCCAUUGCUGGCAAUAGACUUAAUACCUCUGGCACUAAGGCAUUAAGCAGGGAGAAGUUUUGUCGUAACAGUUGUGAUUAAUGGACAUUUUAAAGCUUACUUGCAUUGUUAAAAGUAAACUUAAUUUGAUUACUUGAAUCAUUUUGUGUUUAAUUUGGUGGGGUGAGGGGGAUUAGGGAGAAAGGUAAUGUGUGAUUUGGCUUCUCCAAACUGUCAUGGUUUUAAACUGAAGCUUCGUAGAGUAUGUAGCUAUAAGGACCUGUGAUUGAAGCUGUAGUGGAUAAAAUUAACUAGAAAGACCAAACAGGAGCCCUUUUCCAUUCUUCAAUGCAUAUGAAGAAAAAAGGAGGGAGGUAGGUUUCCAUGGGUGCACCCCAACUGAUGCUUGAAAGUGUGAGGACACUCACUUUUUUAGUGUUAAAUCAUAGGUACGUAGAGACAUGGAAAUAACUGAGACCAAGGGUGCACAAUGAGUCCACUUUGGCAUACCUUCCAGGGACAAAGAAGCACAGACUUUUUUUUUUUUAAAUGCACCAGAUUUCGGUGUCUGGUACUUAGAGGUAUUUUAGUGGCCCAUGAGUUGACCUAUUUUAUAACUGCUACUGAUACUGUCUUGCUUUUAAAUGUAUACAUAACAUAUUGUAAAGUGAUGUUUUAACAGUUAUGUGCAAGGAAUCUCAGUUCCUGCUAUGUGCUGGUGCAGGGGCUAAUAAACCUGCAGCCUACUCCUAUUCCAGAAAGUUGUGACCUGAUAUAAUUUAGGGAAAGGAAAAUGAAUGGGUUUUUGAAAAUUUCCACCACUUACUAUGCUUUACUUGCUUAGAUGCAUUGCCUUAAGUUUUCUGCAGCAUCUUUGACUUUCAAGAUAAGUCGCAACAGUAUGCAUCAAAUUACUUUUCAUAUAAAAUUCCAUUGUCAGAACAAAUCCUUUUGUAUGCAAUAAAUAAAAUGUUAGACUGAUCAUCUGAAGUCUGUUUUUCAUAAAAGUUGUUUUCCCUUUUGCCUCCUAGUUUAUAAGCUCUUCAUUUUCACAGUAAUUCUUUGGCAUAAGUUGUUUACUUGCAUCCUAACAAUGGAUGUGUUUGGGAACAUCACAACCUCAGUAUGAAAGGAUUAAAUUUUUUAUAAACCUCCAA